AGACAAACAUCUAUGAUCAAAGAUAAAAAUUGAACGAUCUUUUCAUCGUUGUAAAUUUUCUUUCUUAAGACUAUGAUAUUGAUUUAUGAAUUGAUUUCUACUACGCUUCCGGUCGAACUUUCAUAACACGAGAAACAUACAGAAAUAGGAAAUCUUGUGGUUUUAUGCACAUUAUUUAAGCCAUGGAUGGGGAUCUGUAUGACGAGUUUGGCAACUAUAUCGGUCCCGAGCUGGACAGUGAUGAUGAUGAGGACGAUAGCGACGACUCUGGGGAACAGGAAGAAGCUGAGAAGUUCCCAGACGCUGACGAUGAUGAGGCGAUGGAUGCAGAUGAUGACGAUGCUGCUGACAUGCAGGUAGUGCUACAUGAGGACAAGAAGUACUACCCUACCCCUGAAGAGGUGUAUGGGCCAGAGGUGGAGACAAUCGUACAAGAAGAAGACACUCAGCCUCUCACUGAACCAAUUAUUGCUCCAGUGAAGAAGAAAAAGUUUUCCAUGGCAGAACAAGAUCUGCCAGACACCGUGUACAGUAUGGAGUUUCUUGCUGAUCUGAUGGACACUCCAGAACUGAUUCGCAACGUGACUCUGUGUGGCCACCUGCAUCAUGGGAAGACGUCCUUUGUUGACUGCCUCGUGUUGCAGACACACCCAGAGUUUGAGGUGAAGGAUGACAGGGACGUAAGGUACACAGACACGUUGUUCACAGAGCAGGAGCGAGGUGUGAGCAUCAAAUCAACUCCUGUGACCCUGGUGUUGCCAGACACAAGAAACAAAUCGUUCCUGAUCAACGUGUUUGACACACCGGGUCAUGUGAACUUCUCCGAUGAAGUGACAGCAGCCUUGAGGAUCAGUGACGGAGCCGUGAUAUUUGUCGAUGCUGCAGAUGGGGUUAUGCUAAACACAGAGCGCUACAUCAAGCACGCCAUACAGGAGAAGCUGCCAGUGUGUGUCUGCAUCAAUAAGAUUGAUCGCCUUAUACUGGAGCUGAAAUUGCCACCAGCUGACGCGUACUUCAAACUGAGAAACAUUCUGGACGAGAUCAACGGAAUAAUCAAGCUGUACACAGAGGAGUCAGAAGAGCAGCAGGUGUCCCCACUGAUUGGCAACGUGUGCUUUGCGAGUGCGUAUUUCCGGGUCUGCUUCACCUUGGGCUCGUUCAGUAAAAUCUACGCGGACACGUAUGGGGGGAUUAAUGAGAGGGAGUUUGCCAGGCGUCUUUGGGGGGAUAUCUACUUCAACAGUAAAACUCGCAAGUUUUCAAAGAAGCCCCCCAGUGCUUCAGCACCAAGGAGUUUUGUGGAGUUUAUUCUGGAGCCUCUCUACAAGAUCUUUGCACAGACUGUGGGGGAUGUGGACGAGUCCCUGCCGAGAGUGUGUGAUGAGCUGGGGAUAUCAUUGACCAGUGAGGAGAAAAAACUCAACAUAAAGCCGCUACUCAGGAUUGUGUGCAGGAGGUUCUUUGGCGAUUUCACAGGUUUUGUGGACAUGUGUGUGGAGCACAUCAAGUCUCCGCUAGGUAACGCCCGUCAGAAGAUAGAACACAUCUACACAGGUCCACUGGAGUCAGACCUAGUCGAUAUGAUGGUGCAGUGUGACUCGGAUGGUCCCCUCAUGGUGCACACUACCAAAUUGUUCCCAACUUCGGACGCCACAUGUUUUCACGUUUACGGACGGGUGAUUAGCGGGACGCUGUACGCCAACCAGGAAGUUAGGAUUCUGGGAGAAAACUACACCCUACAGGAUGAAGAAGACUCGAGGUUUGGCCAGGUGGGCAGACUGUGGAUCUCGGAGGCCAGGUACAAAGUGGAGGUAAACAGAGUGCCAGCAGGCAACUGGAUCCUUAUUGAAGGCAUAGAUCAGCCCAUAGUGAAAACAUCCACCAUCACUGAUACCAACAUCACUGAAGAGGUUCACAUAUUCCGUCCCCUGAAGUUCAACACGAGCUCAGUGAUCAAGAUCGCUGUGGAGCCUGUGAACCCUUCUGAACUGCCUAAGAUGCUGGACGGCCUGCGCAAAGUGAACAAGAGCUACCCCCUCGUCACUACUAAGGUGGAGGAGUCCGGCGAGCACAUCAUCAUGGGUACUGGAGAGCUGUAUCUGGACUGUGUCAUGCAUGACCUGCGCAAGAUGUACUCCGAGAUUGAUAUCAAGGUUGCUGACCCUGUAGUGUCCUUCUGUGAGACUGUUGUGGAGACAUCUUCCCUCAAGUGCUUUGCUGAAACACCCAACAAAAAGAACAAGUUGACAAUGAUAGCUGAGCCUCUGGAGAAGGGUCUGGCAGAGGACAUAGAGAACGGGGUGGUACAGAUCACGUGGCCCAGGAAACGACUCGGGGAGUUCUUUCAGACCAAGUACGACUGGGACUUGCUGGCUGCCCGAUCUAUCUGGGCCUUCGGGCCUGAUGCUACUGGACCCAACAUCCUUGUUGAUGACACCCUGCCGUCUGAAGUUGACAAGAGCCUUCUAGGAGCUGUGAAGGAUAGUAUUGUACAGGGUUUCCAGUGGGCAACUCGAGAAGGGCCACUCUGCGAUGAACCGAUCCGCAAUGUGAAGUUCAAGAUCCUGGAUGCAGUGAUAGCCCAGGAACCCAUACACCGGGGCGGUGGACAGAUCAUACCCACAGCCAGGAGAGUUGCUUACUCUGCAUUCCUUAUGGCCACACCAAGAAUGAUGGAGCCCUACUACUUUGUGGAAGUUCUGGCCCCAGCAGACUGUGUGUCAGCUGUCUACACAGUGUUAGCCAAGCGCAGAGGUCAUGUGACCCAGGACUCGCCUGUACCUGGUUCCCCGCUGUACACUAUCAAGGCUUUCCUGCCGGCUAUUGACUCGUUUGGGUUUGAAACUGACCUCCGCACACAUACACAGGGCCAGGCGUUUUGCCUGUCAGUGUUCCAUCACUGGCAGAUUGUGCCCGGUGACCCCUUGGAUAAGAGCAUCCAUAUACGACCCUUGGAGGCCCAGCCAGCAACCCACCUGGCCAGGGAGUUCAUGGUGAAAACCAGGAGGAGGAAGGGACUCAGUGAGGAUGUGAGCAUCAACAAGUUCUUCGACGAUCCUAUGUUGCUAGAGCUUGCCAAGCAGGAUGUGCUGCUCAGCUACCCAAUGUGAGAGAGACUGCGGUGAACUGUCAGGGAAAAACAAUGAAGCCUUGUGCAUACAACAGCAUGCCAUGUGCAGCUUGAUAAGCAAGUGUUGGCAGUCUGCACAAAGAUGUUUUGAACCCUUUAAACAAAAAACUUUAUUUGGAAAUGGUAAACAGUGUAAAACUUUACAUGGCAGACUAUGAACAUAACUGAGUUUAACAUGCUCACAUUACAUUUCACAAGACUCCUCCUUGCUGUCAUACUAGGGCUCCUGUGACGGGGGCAAAAGUAAAGACUGACAUCGACACUGUGAAAGAUGCAAUUAUCAUUUAUCAGAUCUCUGAUGAACUCUUGGAAAGUUUCAUGACCAGAUUUAUUGACGUUUCUUAAGUAAAUUAACAUGUUCACAGAUUUUGCAUUAUUUCCAUUGUGUCAUUUAAUGCCUUUUAAUAUAUGAACAUCGGAACGCCAUUUACUUUAUUCACUUUUUUAAAUUUGUGACAAAAAAUUGAUUUUUUUAUAUUUAGAAACAAUAGCCUGAAAUCUCAUAUUUCAUCAGUAAUUUUUACUAACACGUUAUUGUUACACAUAGUAUAUUAUUAAGUGUGAUUUAUUAAGUGACUGUCAAUAUUGGCAUUCCAUUUGCAAUUUGUCUUCAAUCAUUAUAGAGGAAAACUGAGGCCGUUUUAUAGUCGUGGCAGUCUAUUUGGGGAAGAGGACAAUUACAACGAGCAUGGCAUGGUAUAGGGGAGAUAACCCUGGGUUAUGGUUAGGUUAGGGUUAGGGGUCGGGUUAGGGUUAAGGUAUGGGUUAGGGCUAACCCUAACCCAAACCCGACCCCUAACACUAACGCUACCCCUUACCCUAACCCUCUAACCCCCCAUGAGCAUUACACUACCAUGCCUCGCUUGUUGUCGUCCGCUUCCCGUCUAUUUGUCUCUCUAUGUAGACUUUGUAUAUCAGAGAGUGACAUGUGUUAAUGUUGGUUGCCAUGUCAGUACCUGUAUAUGUUCGACUAUAAUUGAGUCAGUCUUUGGGAAAAAGAGAUUUUAUGCAUGUAAGCAAAGUAUGAUCCCAGAUUAGCAAGUGCAAAGGUUUAUCAGGGACGACACUUUCCGCCUAAACUGGUUUAAAGUUUUGAAAAGGCAGCCUUUGAACGCAAAAUUCCAUUGAAGUGUAGUCGGCCCUGAUAAGCCUUUCUAUGUGGAAGAUACUUUAUGCACUUGUAUUAACCCUUUGAGUGCUGGAACUGGAUUUUGAAGGCCUUUGCAAACAGUUUGGAUCCAGAUGAGACACCACAGAACGUGGCGUCUCAUCAGGAUCCAAACUGUUUGCUAUUCUGAUAGUAUUCUUUGAAAAAAAGUGAAGAAAAUGAUGAUUUUAGAAAUUCAGCAGACAACAUUUUAGCAGAUGACAAAUUUCCCAGCAUGCAAAGGGUUAAGCUAGAUUUUCCAAGAGUGCAGCUCAUUUGAAUUCUACUGUAUUUUUGUAAUGCAUUUCACAUAGAAAUAAUGCUUGACUGAGUUUUUAUGUAGUUGUCCUGAGUGUGCUAGCAUUUUUUUGAUGAAUUGAUGAAAGGAAUAAGCACAUUGAAUUGCUGGUGUUAAGAGCGUUUUAAUGUCAGAGCAUUGUCCUUAAUAAAUGUGCUUUUCUCUUCCUCAAAUAAACUAUUUGUAUGACUUCAAGAUAAAAUUGUUGCUCACCACGCAGGAGACGUAGAUAACUUGGUCUCUGUUUUCCUUCAAAGAUAUUUGUUAAUGAUAGCCAUUUUCUUUUGCAUCAUGUGUUCUUUUUUAUUUUCAUCUUUUUCAAUAAAAUACAUGAGACUUGAA